GAAAUAAGUGCUACGUUCUAUAGAGUUCGUUGUGAAACAAAUAGCUAACGAAUCUAUUUUCCGGCUAUAAGCGGUCAUUCUGCGACAUUUCUUAUUGCUCCUCUGUACCAAGAGGCAAAUUCAAAGCGGAUAUUUAUCUGAGGAAGGCGAUACAGUGGUAAAAAAGGAGACGGAGCCUUCUGCUGCAGGGAUGGAACAGCCAGGCCGUGAUCCAGAGAAGAACACCACUGCCCAAGUGGAGAGCAGUGAGAGAGGCUCUACAGAGGAAGAUGUUCCGGCAGAGCAGAGAACCGCAGAUGGGGAUACUCCGGCAGAGCAGAGAACGGCAGAUGGGGAUACUCCGGCAGAGCAGAGAACUGCAGAUGGGGAUACUCCGGCAGAGCAGAGAACCGCAGAUGGGGAUACUCCGGCAGAGCAGAGAACCGCAGAUGGGGAUACUCCGGCAGAGCAGAGAACCGCAGAUGGGGAUACUCCGGCAGAGCAGAGAACCGCAGAUGGGGAUACUGCGGCAGAGCAGAGAACCGCAGGUGGGGAUACUCCGGCAGAGCAGAGAACCGCAGGUGGGGAUACUCCGGCAGAGCAGAGAACCGCAGGUGGGGAUACUCCGGCAGAGCAGAGAACCGCAGAUGGGGAUACUCCGGCAGAGCAGAGAACCGCAGAUGGGGAUACUCCGGUAGAGCAGAGAACCGCAGAUGGGGAUACUCCGGCAGAGCAGAGAACCGCAGAUGGGGAUACUCCGGCAGAGCAGAGAACCGCAGAUGGGGAUACUGCAGCAGAGCAGAGAACCGCAGGUGGGGAUACUCCGGCAGAGCAGAGAACCGCAGGUGGGGAUACUCCGGCAGAGCAGAGAACCGCAGGUGGGGAUACUCCGGCAGAGCAGAGAACCGCAGAUGGGGAUACUCCGGCAGAGCAGAGAACCGCAGAUGGGGAUACUCCGGCAGAGCAGAGAACCGCAGGUGGGGAUACUCCGGCAGAGCAGAGAACCGCAGAUGGGGAUACUCCGGCAGAGCAGAGAAACCAGAACCAGGAUUCCUCUUUACCCCCUAGUUCAUCAAGUGGUCAGGGGAGCCAGAACUUGGAGGAUCUUGAUACUGAAGUAAAAAAGGAGACGGAGCCUUCUGCUGCAGGGAUGGAACAGCCAGGCCGUGAUCCAGAGAAGAACACCACUGCCCAAGUGGAGAGCAGUGAGAGAGGCUCUACAGAGGAAGAUAAGGAUGGAGCUGUAGAGCCCCAGAUCCCACUCAUCAUAGACCAGAGGGCUACUAAAAAACGUGAAGACCGAUCCCGAAAUGCAUCAAUGUUGAAGCUCACUGGGCUUCUAGUGUUGCUGCUGGCCGUGGCAGUGAUGUUGUUCAACCCUGAGUCUCCCCCUGACCACACAGCAUUCAACCGAACAGAGACUUUCCACAGAGAGAUGAAGAAGAUGGAGGCCCUGUUCCCCGGGCAGCGCUCUGAGCUGUGGAGGAGGAGCAGGAUCCACCUGGAGAGGCACCUCCAGACGGCCCGGCCCACGGAGCCAGUCAGCCUGAUGCUGACAGCAGGCCGCAGGGGGGAGAAGACGCUGCACUGCCUUGCCCUGCGUCUGGCCUCCGCCUUCUCCUCUGCCCUCAACGCCUCCUCCGUCCACAUCGACGGGGCCAGCAAGACUGGCCAGGACAGCGACCAGGUCAAGCUGGACAUCGACACCCAGCUGCGGGGUGCCUUCGAGGGAGGCCAGCCUGUAGCCGUCAUCCACCGCUUUGAGGAGCUACCCCCGGGUUCCACGAUCAUAUUCUACCGCUACUGUGACCACGAGAAUGCAGCCUACAAGGAGGCCUUGCUCAUCUUCACUGUGUUGCUGGGGGGUGAGGAGGAGCUGCCGGCCAGCCUGGGACUGAGUGCUGUGGAGGAGAUGGUUGAUGACCACCUGCAGGACAAGUUCCUCUCCUCUGACCAGCCGGCAGCCUUUGACAUGAUGGACUUGGACAAAUUCAGUGGUCUGUGGAGCCGCAUCUCCCACCUGGUCCUGCCAGUGGCAGUAGAGCAGAGCAUAGAGCAGAGUGGCUGUGUGUAAAACCCCCUGUCUGUUUUUACUGUUCCACCUUCUGCUAGCCUGGUCCCAGAUCAGUUUGUGAUUUUUUUUUUUUUUUGCCUACUUCAAUUGUCAAUGCCAUUUUUUUGGGGGGGGGGGCGGUCACAAUUCCAUAGGGAGUUGACGAGAGAGCAGGAAGACUGGCACCCAGGCUAAUCUUCUAAUACACCAAUCACUAAACUAUCUGAAACAUCUAUCCUCACAUCCUUCAUAACGUUGCCAUCAUCAUCAUCAUCAUCAUCAGAUGUGAUGUUUUAAUGAUGCUCACAGCACACAGGGACAUGAAUAGCAAUGGUUGACCACUUGCCACUUUAUAAGUUCAGUCUACUACAAAAGGCAGAACCAAGAAAGAAAAACACACACCCAGAGAGAAAUGAGAGUAAUGUAGUAAUUAGUAAUCUGGAAGACACUGCAGGGUGUGUAUUGUAUGUACAGCAUGAUUGAGAUUGGGUUAUUAAUGAAGGUUGUGAUUAUUAUGAGUCUGUUUACUCUGUCAUAUUUUAAUUAUCCUAUAUAUGUCUAUUGAAGUGCAGCCUUCUGGAGUGUGUGUGUGUGUGUGUGUGUGUGUGUGUGUGUGUGUGUGUGUGUGUGUGUGUGUGUGUUGUUGUAACCAGGGGUUUACCUUGUCAGGAUUACCCAGAUUGCCUCACCUGUCAAGGACUUUGACGAGAGCAAAGAUAUCAAUAAAACAAUGUGCCUUAAAUGGAAAUAAUAAA